AAAAAUGUCUUUAUUACUACGGCUAUUUAUCUCACUUUACAUUACCCUUGCUUCAUUAGGCUUAUGUUUUAGCUAUUAUAUAGAGGAAUCAUUUCAUCACACAAAUGUUGAACCAUACAUUGUUCAUCAUGAUGGGAGAUUUAUCAAGAGAAAACAUGAACACUUUGGCCUAAUGAUGAGAGCUAAUAGAGCUAAAAGCCCUCAUUUUUCAAGGCCAAGUGGAACAAUUAGUGUUAAUGACUUCGGAGCCAGAGCUGAUGGAAGUGACGACAGUCGGGCAUUUGAAAAGGCUUGGAAUGAAGCAUGUUCUAGUGGGGUCACCCUUGUGGUGCCUGAAAGAAGGACCUACACUCUUAAGCCAAUAAGAUUUUCAGGUCCAUGCAGACCCAACACUGCAUUCAUGAUAUAUGGAACAAUUAAGGCAUGGCCAGAGAUGUCAGCAUAUGAAGAUGAUAGAAAACAUUGGAUUGUGUUUGAUAGUGUCAACAACUUCAGAGUUGAUGGUGGUGGCACUUUCAAUGGCAAUGGCAAAAAAUGGUGGCAGAAUUCAUGCAAAACUAAUGAUAACCUUCCAUGCAAAGAUGCACCAACUGCUGUGACAUUUUACCAAUGCAAGAAUUUGAGAGUGGCAAAUGUGAGAUUGAAAGAUGCACAACAAAUGCAUGUGGCAUUUGAGAGUUGCUUCAAUGUUAUAGUUUCCAAUGUUCUUGUUAGAGCACCAGGAUACAGUCCCAACACUGAUGGAAUUCAUGUUGCUGAAACACAAAACAUUGUUAUAAGCGACAGUGACAUUGGAACAGGUGAUGAUUGUAUUUCAAUAGUAAGUGGAUCUCAAAAUGUUAGAGCUACAGAUAUCACAUGUGGACCAGGACAUGGAAUCAGCAUUGGAAGCUUAGGAGCUGAUAACUCUGAAGCUGUAGUGUCCAAUGUGGUUGUGAACAGAGCCACCUUAACAGGAACAAGUAAUGGAGUUAGAAUCAAGACAUGGCAGGGAGGUUCUGGUUAUGCAAGGAACAUAAAGUUUUUGAACAUAGUGAUGCAAAAUGUGACAAAUCCCAUAAUCAUAGAUCAAAACUACUGUGAUCAAGAAAAGCCAUGCCAUCAGCAGAACUCAGGAGUUCAACUAAGCAAUGUGCUUUACCAAAACAUCAGAGGAACAAGUGCUUCAGAAGUGGCUAUAAAAUUUGAUUGUAGCAGAACAGUGCCAUGCAGAGAAAUCUACCUUCAGGAUGUGAUAUUAGAAGCAGAAGAUGGUGGCAAUGGCGACACGGUUGCCACGUGUCAGAAUGUAAGAUAUGUGAACCGAGGAAAGUUUUUCCCUCAAUGCACUCCAAUGAGAAAUCAAAGGGGAGGAAGAUUUUAAGUUAUUCUGUAAAUGUAUUCAGAGUUAUUAGCAAUUUGUUUCAUUAAGGCUUUUAUGUUGUGGCUUGUGUUGUGCGCCCCUUAAAGCUUUGUUUCUCUUGUCUUAUCUUUGAAAACAAAAAUGAACAACAUUGUUCAAAUAAUUUGUGAUAAGUUAUGCAACAACAGAGACUAAUUAACUUGAACAUUAGUAUGUAA